AUGCGUGAUAUCUACCUCCUGUUCCACAAGAAUGGCGGAGAUUUCAACACCGGAGACGUUGAUGGCCACGCUGUGCCGCAGCUGUACGUCGAGUUCCCCUCUUCGACUCUGGCUGGUACCCCGCCGAGCCAGCUUCGAGGAUUCGAUAAGGUCUGGCUCAAGGCUGGUGAAAAGAAGACUGUUACUUUCGAUUUGAUGCGUAGGGAUGUCAGUUACUGGGAUAUUACGGCCCAGGACUGA